AUGUCAGAAAAAUCCGGUAACACUACGAGUCUACAGAAGUCGGUUUCAGGCGCAGUGCAACUCGCAGCAGACUAUGCACACCAUGCCAUGAAACCUGACGGCCACUGGCUCACGGAGCUGCGAGCCACCGUCGGCUUCACGGCCGGGUACAUCUGUCUACGGAACAUGCUGGGGCCUCCUCUUUCAGAGCAAGAGGCAGGAAAGAUGCUACAAUGGAUACAGUCGCAGCAGAACGCAUCGGAUGGAUCUUGGGGCCUGCUGCCAGACAGGCCAGGAGACGUGUCGACAACGACUGAGGGAUAUUUUGCCCUCAAGCUCCUUGGUGUACCUGUCGAGAGCAAGUCGAUGCGGCGGGCUCGGUCUUUCAUUUUAUCUCAGGGCGGGCUCGGCAAAGUGGGUGUUUUCACUCAGCUGGAGCUGGCCCUCAUGGGUAUCAUUGAUUGGAAUGAGAUGGCUCAGGUGCCCGCCGAGCUGAUAUUACUACCCGCCUCUGCACCCAUUAGCAUCUAUGCUUUCAGUUACUGGUCCCGCGUCACGGCCGUUCCUAUCAUGAUUCUAAGACAUCACCGACCUGUGUACCGAAUUGUGCCCGUGGACUUUCUAGACGAGCUCUACAUUGACCCUAACGACAAGCACCUGCACUUUACACCUCCCUUAAGCACCCUGUGGAGAGAUGGCGAGAAAGGAAGAUUCUGCGGCAGUCUUGCUGACAAGGCAUUGGGAAUCCUGGAGCCAAUGUUAAGACGAGUGCCUGUGGCGAGACCAUACGCGCUUUCCUGUUGUGUACGGUAUAUUCUAGACCACUUGGAUGCAGGCGGCUACGGCGCUUUCUGGAACUCCAAUUUCGCCGCCGUCAUGGCACUUCACGUCGAAGGGUUCUCGACUCAGCACCCAGCUAUCCAGCAUCUUUUGACGGCCAUAAACACGUGCCUGUGGGAAGACGAUUAUGGCAUAAGGAUGCAAGUCACCAUUGGUCCUGUUUGGGACACGGCUCUGAUGGCCCUGGGGCUGCUCGAGACCGGCCUUGCGGAUAGCAGAAUGGACUUGACAACGCAAUGGUUCAAAUCGCGUCAGAUAUUAGAGACGCAGGGCGAUUACCGCGUCCGCAACCACAAGCUAGUGCCGGGAGGAUGGCCUUUUCAAUAUUGCAACAGCCACUAUCCAGACACCGAUGACACACUUGUGGCGCUGCUUACUAUCAUCAUGCAUGAUCCCUCAGAUGUAACUUCCCAAUCCUGCAUUCGCGCCAUUGACUGGUUACUCGGCAUGCAAUGCUAUGACGGCGGCUGGGCAUGUUUCGACUUGAACAACGAUCACCGAUACCUUAAUCUGUUUCCUUUCGGCCAGGGGAAUCAAUUUUAUGACCCCAGCGUACCCGAUAUCACCGGUCGUAUUUUGGAGUGCUUAGGUAUGGUUCUGUCUAUUUUGUCUUCCCCAGACAAAAAGAGCGGUCCCCCACUGGUAAAUCCUUUUCUCUGUCAACGUAUCCAACAAGCAUGCCGCAGAGGCAUUUUGUUUCUGGAAUCGGCGCAGGAGCCCGUGGCGGGCAUAUGGGGCAGCCGGUGGCACAUCAACUACCUGAAUGGGACGAGUAGUGUACUGUGCGGCUUAAUGAGUGUCAGAAGCAUCUUUGAGGGUGACCUAGAGAUCAAGGAGGCAAUAAACAGAAUGGUUACACGCCCGCUAUCUUGGCUCAAGUCAACGCAAAACGCAGACGGCGGGUGGGGAGAGGACGUCGGCUCGUAUAGCGAUGCACAAAAGGCCGGACGCGGUGUGAGCACGCCCACGCAGACGGCAUGGGGAGUCAUGGGGCUUUUGGCACAUCUCCCGCCAACGGACAGCGCUGUGAUAAGAGCUGUCGAGUAUCUCGUCAGGACACAGACAGGAAGUCCGGUGAGCGAGGCGGUUGGCGUGGGCAUUGGUGCAGGGCCUGGAGCCACCUGGACGCAAAAGGAGUAUGACGGUGGCUACAUGAGAUGA